AUAGGAAAUGAACAAUCUCUUGAAAAUAUUCAAAUGUUCCAUUCAACAUAUAAUUACAACAUUCAAAUGUUUCAAAUAGAGUUUUUUGUUGAAGCAAAUACCCAAGUGGGUGAUUGGCCAUUCUCAUUCAGUACAAAUACUUUACACAGCAAUGUUCUCGAUACUCAGCUAAGAGUUAAAAAAUCAAAUAUGGAUUUACAAGGCCCAAUAUUUAAACAAAUUAAAAAAAUAACAAGUAAUGAAAUCAAUAAUACAAAUAAGUUUGCCGAAAUUGGUUGGACUAUGGCUAUCGAAGACCCAAUUAAUGGCUUUAGAGAUGGUUUUGUAGUUAUCAAAGGUGAAAUAGAUCAAUCAAUAUACAACAUUUCAGUUUCAUUCAAUAAUGUUAAAAAUGGUGGAAAUAAAUUUUUAGGAGAAUAUGAUUUCAAAUUCAAUCUUACAUAUCCAUGUAUUUCUCAACAAUAUAUAAUCAGUGAUGUUGUAUUAUUUGACAACGUAAAUAGAAAAUCUGAUUUUUCA